GAGGGUUACACACAAGCUUGAAUCUUGCUGAAUCGAAGCUGGGAAGGAGUGAAGAAUGGCUUACAUGAGCAUGGGGGAAGCUCAUAGAAGGAUCACGGAGUACCUCAACCGUUUCUCCGACGCUGUGUCGUCCCAAGACGGUGCUUCGUUGAAGUCACUCUUCGCCGUCUCGUCCGACUCCCAUUUCCUCCUCUCCCUCGCCGACGCCCUCAACAUCUUCCACGACGCCCCAAGGCUCCUCAAGAACUCCGAUAACUACGGCCAGUACUCUGACAUCAUCCUCCCACUCUUCCGCUGCCUCCAGAGCUACCGUCAAUCGAAUUUGCUCGAAGCCUACACCGCCUUUGAAAAAGCCGCCAAUGCGUUUAUACAGGAGUUUCGAAACUGGGAAUCUGCCUGGGCUAUGGAGGCUUUAUAUGCCAUUGUUUAUGAUAUUAGGGUUCUUGCCGAGAAGGCGGAUAGAGAGUUAGCUUCCAAUGGGAAAUCCCCGGAGAAAUUGAAAGGAGCUGGUUCCUUCCUUAUGAAAGUAUUUGGUGUUCUUGCGGGAAAAGGUUCUAAGCGUGUUGGGGCACUAUAUGUAACUUGCCAGUUGUUCAAGAUUUACUUUAAGUUGGGUACAGUUCAUCUUUGCCGUAGUGUGAUACGAAGUAUUGAAACUGCACGCAUAUUUGACUUUGAGGAAUUUCCUAAGAGAGACAAGGUUACUUACAUGUACUAUACUGGUCGUCUUGAAGUUUUCAAUGAAAAUUUUCCUGCAGCUGAUCAUAAAUUAUCAUAUGCCUUAGAGCAUUGCAACCCACGGAGUGAAGCCAAUAUAAGGAUGAUUCUUAAACAUCUUAUCCCGGUGAAGCUUUCAAUAGGCAUAUUACCUACAAAUAUGCUUUUGGAGAAGUACAGUCUGCUUGAGUACAGUGACAUUGUGCAAGCUCUCAGAAGGGGGGAUCUUCGGCUUCUUCGGCGUGCACUCCAAGAUCAUGAGAACAGGUUCUUGAGAUCAGGCGUAUAUCUUGUCCUAGAGAAGUUGGAACUUCAAGUAUACCAGAGAUUAGUAAAGAAGAUUUACAUUAUUCAAAAGCAGAAGGACCCAAGUAAAGCCCAUCAGGUGAAGUUGGAUGUUAUUGUUAAAGCAUUGAAAUGGCUUGAAAUUGACAUGGAUGUUGAAGAGGUAGAAUGUAUAAUGGCCAUUCUGAUAUAUAAGAAUCUCAUGAAGGGUUAUUUUGCCCAUAAAAGCAAAGUGGUUGUAUUGAGCAAGCAAGACCCUUUUCCCAAGCUGAAUGGAAAACCUGUCAACUCCUAGGAUAGGGAGAAGAAAAGUCAUGGUGACGGAUGAUGGCGUAAUUUUCCAUAGGAUUGUAGCCGAAAGUUCCUUUUAUUGGAUUUUGGAAAAUUCCCAAACGUGUACUAGUGCAUUAAAAUAUAUUGUGGUAUAUGAUUAGUUAUUUUAUAGUAGUGGCUUUAAGGCCAAUUUAUUCGUUGUUGUUGUACCCAUAAAAUAACGCGAUUUUGAUCGGUAUAAAUGAAGAUAUGAAAGCACUUCGGGUAAA